AUGUCAAUAUCAAUUUUCGCCCUUUCUUUACGUGAUGGAAUGAUAUUCCUCCUAGCACUUAUCAUUGUCGUCCACCAAAUGUUGCCACAUUUAGAGCCAAUACCUAUUUUGAAGCAGCCCUAUAGAGCUACAUCACUUCAAAAUUUCUGGGGUAGAAGAUGGAACCGAGGUUCUUCAGAUAUUCUAAGGCACACAAUUUACAAUCCAGCGCGUAUCUUACUAGAAGUUUACGUCGGAGUUGGUCCAGGACAAGUAGUAGCAUUGGUUGUCACCCUAGUAGUAUCCGGGAUAAUGCACGAGAUAAUGUUCUACCACAUGACUUGUGGGAUGAAACCCACUUGGGAGAUGACCAAGCUCUUUGUUCUACAAGGAUUUUUUAUGGAUCUUGAGAUGUUAGUCAAGAGGUUUUGGGUACGAACCCUAGGGUGGUCAUCGAUCCACCCGGUUGUUUCCGUGCCAUUAACACUUAGUUUUGUGUUAGCAACGUCAUAUUGGCUGAUUUUUCUCCCUGUUAGGAGAAUUGCAGGGGUAGGAUGUGAUAGGAAGGUUUAG